AUGGCCUUGCAGGCUCCAGAACGCAGAGGAAAGAGCUUGCAAGAUGACUUGGAACGUGCAUUCGCGCUUUCACGCGCGGAUAAGCGUCUGGGCGACUACUUUCCAUCCGUCGAAAACUCGUCGCAUGCCUGGCACUUUGACGGCUCCGAGCACACGGGAGGGGGAUUUGAUACAGAUGCCUACGCGUACAAGUCGCGUGGGGACUUGAAGCGGGAUUGGGAAGUCAGUGUUGUCCAAUGGGCACGAGAGCGCGAUCAGGCAGACAAAGGUUGGCGAGCCGAAGACGCUGGCAGAGGUGGAUCUCGAGAAUUGGAUGAUAGAAAGAUGAAGACUAUCUGGGCUAUAGAUGAUGCGGAUGUACAAGAGGCAAAGAAGAGUGUUGAAGAGGCUUGGGCUCGUGAACAGAGAGAGUUGGAAGGCAUUGCGCCUCCUUCAAAGAAACAUAGGCACAGCAGCAGCGUGCCUGCCCUGCCAACACCUGUUGACGCGCGACGACUCAACGAGAGCUAUGUGCGUCCACAACUCCACGAUGCAGACCCUACUGCACGGACGUCAGCUUGGGUAGGCGGCAAAGGCGACCAUGCGGGAGUCAGAGAUUAUUAUGGCGAUCCCACCGAGCCCAACGAGGUACGCACAAUGGAGAUUUUCAAAGAGGAGAUGCGUAGAAAGGCACGAGAGGGCGAUGCGUAUUCCAAGCGACAAUCCAAAGACGACGCCCCCGUUCGUAGACGCUCCACCCACACUUCGAGGGCACCAACUCUACCGCCUAAAGAUGGAGAAGCAGAAGCAGAAGACGAAGAACCCGAAUAUAUCGAAUCGCCAAAGUCGCUCAUGCAGACCAUGUCCAUCGAGACAACCUCGCGCAGAGGUCCGUCUCGUGCAUCUGCUCGUAGCGACCCGAAGUCGGAACGUCGCUCCAAAGGGAGAUCCAAUAGUCGAGUAGAGUCCAGGUCGGAUGCUAGGUCAGACGUACGGUCACUUGGUUCGGAGCCGGAUUCGGAGCACGUCAGAUCCAUCCCCUCUGAACCAGAUUCCGAACACGUGAGGUCCAUCCCGUCUGAGGCAUCAUCCGAACACAUCCCACGCCCGGAUUUCAAGGCCCGAAUCUCCAUGUUUUCCGCAGCGGAAAGCAUCCCGUUAACUAUACCACCCUCUUUGCCGUCUAAGGAUUCUGGUCGUGGGUCGCCGGAUUCAAUGGAGACGGAGUCGAGGCGCUCAGAACGUUCCGAUGUCGAGGACGGGCCCGAGCCGAUCCAUAUUUUCAGUCCGGGUCCGGAAGAGGCGUCGACCAAAGUACGAACUCGACCUAGUUCGUCUAUGAGUCGACAAAUGAGCCCUAAAAAGAGUGAAAAGGUGCCGUCUAUCAAGCAAAGGCCAAUGUCGUUCCACGUAAUGGCAAGUGAAAGCCAGGUCAACCUCAAAGGACAGGAUAUAGCGUCUCUCAAAUCCAAAGAGGUGGCUUCGCUGAAUCGAGAAGCAUCCUUUAAGACGAAGGAAGCCGCUUCUCUGCAUAGGGAUACUUCAUUCAAGACGAGAGAAACUGCUUCUCUAAACCUCAUUCAGACAGCUGGCAAUCGACGCUGCCAACGAUCCGACCAACCCAAUUAUCUGCGAGAAAUGAGCUUUACCGUCCCUGGUAUGUUCAGCCGUAGUGCAGUGCGCAUCAACGAUCAAGUCGAAGCCGUCUCCGAGGGACACAGGUCCCAGCGCGCAGAGGAAGUCGGAGAGGACGGGACAGAGGAACCACCGACACCUAAACAGCGGCCAAGGUCAAUGUCACGACGACCAACACAUCCAGCGAUCGCGUCCCUGCGAUCCUCCGGCAACCCUCCCAACGUGGACAAAUCGCUCCCUGGGACACCGUACACCAUGACGCAUUCGGUUGUGACCGAGCCAGAAUUUGAUCCCGAUGCGCUCGAGGACGAUCAAAAGACGCGAACGUCUUAUUACCGCCAAAAGGGAGAGUCGCGCGAGACACUACCGCCAGGUUAUUCUAGCGGCUCAAAGACGCCCCGGGGAAGCAUGUUCAAGCAGCCUCCUGGUUCUUACUCUACCCUGCAGGAUCCACUAAAGUCGACGACCUCGUUGGCGUCUGGCAAGUCGGCCAAGACGAGUUCGACUGGUGCGAUGGGGGAUGUCGAAGCGGACGUGGUGGAGAAUACGCUCCGGAACGCCGAGCGGCGUCCUUCGAAGAAACGGAGACCCAAGCCAGAGGGUUCGCAAGCCUCGUCAGAUGGAAGUGGGAGCACCAUCAAGGCGUCUGUGCAUAGUCGCAGUCAGAGCUCGACGUCUGAUGAUGCAAGGCAAACUCAAGAGCAGGGGAGCUCUCAACGACAUCAUAGCUUGCGUCGUACAAAAGGUCUCCACGCCGGCACAUCACAUACGCAGAUUGUCUACUCAGAUAGCGACAGCUUCAACGAAGGGAACCUGGUUCAUCCACCUCCUGAAGAAGAGGGGCGGCUCAACAAGAUAUUCUCAGGUCAGAUGGAAGGAGGGCAGUAUGUGACUAUGCCGGAACAUUCGGACGCGCGGGCUGUAGAACCAAACAGCGCGCAUACGUUUGGAUUGCCAACGGGGACGACGGCGACGUUCCGUGAAAUGCAAGACUCUCGACCGUUGCAGGAUUCACGAAACAACUCUCGGGUCUCCUUACCCUCACGUCCCAUCUCUGGUGUACCAUCAAUGAGGUCGACUAGGGUAUCCACUCUGCGCGCCUCUUUGCGGAGUCCAUUGCCUGGUAUCUCAGAACGCGACACGACGAGCGAGCUGAGCUUCCACGGAGACGACGUCAAUCCUAGUGGCUCGUUUGUCGGGAACCAGUACUAUAUUCCUUCUAUCCCAUCGGAAGAAGUACUUCACGUCGAGGCAGAGGAAGUCGAUGUGGGGCCCAUGGCGGGUAUGACACCAGAAUGGCGUGCAGAUCUAUGGAGCCGCAUCGCAUGGGAUGCUGCCGCCAUUGGACGUGGAUCUGGAUCCCCAAGCGAGCAAUCGCAAUCACGGCCGAGAUACGACCACCUCGGCGCGAUGAGUGCCGCAGUCGACCUCGAACUUUCUCCAGACAAUACAGGAAGUGGGAAGAAGUCGUCCAUCUCGUCCCUCGGCGUCGAGCUGCGCGAAAACUUUACGGUACCUCAUCCAGCGCGCUCCUACCAGGGUCAGGACGGUGGCUCGAGAAGUAGCUUGCCUUUGAGUCCGUUGGGAGAGGGAGUCAGUCCGCAAGGGUCAGGAGGGGACGGUAUGGGCAUGUCCUAUCAAGGAUCGCAGCAGAGCUUGCCGCUCAGUCCCGGUGCAAACGCAGGAGGACAUUCAUCCGGGAUGGAAGAGCCGUACCUCAGCGCGGGUGUAUAUGGCAUUCCACGCCCGCAUCCUUCGACACAAGAAUUUUACUCGUCUGGGCAGAGCAAGAACCUGCAUAGCGUCGGUGAGCUCGUGCAUUGGAAUGAGGAUUCUGAAGUUGGCAUGGCGGGUGUUGGCGCACAUGGUAUCCGUGCCGCUGUGUCGUACAAGGAGCCACCUCCGCCCUCUGAAUCGGACUUUACGGAUUAG